AAGCGCUGGGGAGUGUCCUCUGCUUUUUGUCUCAUCUCUUUCGUUUGCCUCAACACUCAAAACUCAAUGACCUCUCUUCUCUCCCUCUCUCCUUCCUCCUCUUCUCCCUCCUUUUCUUCCUCCGUACUCAACCACCGCCGCCGCCUAUGGCCGCCCCGGCUCCGGAGCCACCCCGUCCCUCCCCCUCCUCCUCGCCUCUUCUCCGUCUCCUGCUCCCGGAAGCCGAGGCGCCACCUCCGCCGGCGGCGGCGCCACCUCCUCCCCGCCGCCUCCGACGACGCCUCCUCCGACGCCAGGUCCCCCGCGCUCAUCGCCUCCAACGAGCACGGCGUCGUCGAGCUCACCAUCGACUUCACUAGCCUGUCCGCCCGCGCCAAGUCCGGCCUCGGCGCCUUCGUCUCCGCCGGCAGGGACGCGUACGCGGACCUGAGCACACUCGUCGCGUUGGACGACGAUAAUAAGAUGGUGAUAUCCUGCCGGAAGUCGACCGUUCAGUUCGUCGGGAGCGUGGUGGCUUUGAGCUUCGUGGUCGUUUUCGCGGUCAGGGUCGUGGUUCGGUUGGUGCUGGGAUUUAGGUCGCGGUUCGGGUAUGGGAGAAAUGAAGCUGUGGUGGUCAGGAGAGACCGGAGCCUUGGCGGCAGGGAGGUGGUUGUGGGGACAAGGAAGGAGACCGAUGGCUCCAGGGUUUUGGAUAAUCCCCUUUCGCCUGCACUACGGGUGACUGUCGAUAGGUCUUCACCUAGAAGGCGUAGGAAUAUGGCGCCUCGGGUUGAGGAGAAUUUGCCUGAAUGGUGGCCAGCCAUGACGGCCUCAUCAGCCGUAGAAUUGGAGGUGGAUAAGGAGUAUUAUCAGAGGGAGGCUAAUAGAUUGGUGCGAGAAAUUGUCGACAAUAGAUUGCAUGGAAAGGACAUCAUGAUCGCUGACAUAGUUCAAUUGCGUCGCAUAUGCAGGACUUCUGGAAUCAGAGUCUCAUUUGGCACAGAAAAUACUCGCGAUUCAUUUUACCGUGUGUCUGUUGACUUUGUUCUGAAUAUGUGCAAUCAUUCUUCAGGUCGGUCCAUCUCUUUAGAGAUAGAUGGGGAAGAUCCUAGGCAAUUCCUUGCUGGGCUUGCUGGGAACGUAGGGCUUGAGAACAUUCGUGCAGCAAGAAUUGUGUCUGCCGCUGUUGCUGCACGCACACGAUCUGUUUUUCUACAAGCCUGGGCACUGGAAAUGCAAGGUGAACAUUCUGAAGCACUAGCUCACCUGUCAAGUAUUUGUGUUCUUCACCAGAUAUUCCCUCCAAGAGACUUUUCUCCUGAGAUGGAAAUGGUGGCUCUGGGCCUCGAAAAACAAUUAAAGCCGGAACAGAGGGAGUAUCUACUGAACAUGCUUGUCGGCGUUUGUGGUGAAGAGCGACCUAAAAGCCUGGUAGAAGCGUUGGGUUUGGAACUUUCUGUUGAUGAUGGUGCUGGUGACCAUUAUGAAAGAAGCCUUUCAUAGAGCUAGGUAGAGAGUAAACAAUAAGUUUGCUUUAGACAGGUACAAGAGCAACUGUACGUUGUAUUCUUUUCAUACCAUUCUUGUCGGAAAAGCAUACUGGCAAAUGUAUCGAUCAGUCCUCAAUAAGCAUCUUUUUAAACUAUAGAAUUCACUGUGAAGUGGUUGGUAUAGGCCCACCAGUUGUUCAAUUACUUGUGCCCCACUUUACCUCUUUGUGGCAAUACAUGUAUGUUAUUCCUUUGAUCUCAA